AUGCUUAAGAAUACUUUUAAAUUUAUUAAUUUAAUGGAUUACUACCAGCUUGGCCCAAAAGCCAUGGUAUCAUUUAUAUUAGGGAUCUUCAACAUUGCAAACAUAUUUUAAAAAGUUAAAAAGCUCUCAUGCGAAAGUUCGCUUUUUAUCAAAAUUCACACUCCGCUGAUUUGUACUUGAUACGAAUAAAGAUAUAUUUUAUUACACAAAAAAAGAAUCUGAUAUAAAACCAAUUGAUAAAUAAAAUGGCAUUCGGCUCGAGUGAAAUUAGCUUCGCUAAUUUUCUCUCCCUCAAGCAAUUUUAUUUAUGGGAUUAGGCUUUCUUCUGAGGACUUCUGUACAGCAAUAGCAGUUUAACUCUGGAAGAUUAGCCGAGGCACUGCUCCAAGUGCAUCAAGAGGCUUGAAGUUUUACCUCUCAGCACACCCGAGGAAGGUGACCCUUAGGUGGAACAUGUGCAGGAGCUAAGUCAGGAGGAGUGAGGCAACGCAGCCCGUCGAAGCCGGAACGCUAUAUUUUGCCUGUGUCAAGGUGGAACAAAGUGGAUCUAUCCAGAGGACCAUGGGCAACACAUGGACAAAUAUGAUGACAGCUCUGGAAACGGCUAUUCCGUAGUGAACUUUAAACGAUAUAGAUAAUUAAGUUAAGUUAAGAUAUAAAACAAAUUGAAACAUAUAGUCUACUUGAUCUUUUAGACGUUGAUCCUAACCCUAAAGUUACUUAUGCAUCUGAAUAUAAAUUUGUGUUUCAAGUAACCUUUUCUUCAAGAAAUUUUAUGCUUUAUUCAAAUUCUUUAUCAGCACAUAGGCAGUGAACUGAUAUGCUAAAAAGAUAUUUAAUACCGACUAGAAAAAAUAUAAGGGCUCCAAGGGUCUGAAAUAAAAGCAAUUCUAAUGAAAGCCAAGAAGGUGAUGAUCAGAUACUCAAUAAAGCAGUUCAGGAAGAGAUGAUAUCUCAAGAUGCAUCGUGGAGGCUUGCAACUGAAAGAGGAGAAAUUAAUGAGCAUGAAAUAAUAACUGAACAGGCGAGAGGUGAAAAUAUUAAUUACCCUGUAGAAGAUUAUAACUCCCCCCCUCCGUGAGUGAACAACAUUAUUAGAAAAAUCUCUAUUUUUUGCCCAAAAACCCACCCUCCGUGAGUGAACAAAAAUUUUUUUUAAUAGAAAAAUUUUUUAUCGAAAAAAAUUUUGAUAAAUAAGUGAUAAUUAGUAAUUAAAUCUCGAGCUAAUUCUGUUUAAAACAAAUUGCAUUUUAAAACAUAAAUUUUACAAAUUAAAUUAAAAAAUUAUAUAUAUAAAUUUUUUAAAAAAAAAUAAUUAACCCCUCCAUGAGUGAACAAAAUUUUUUUGUUCAAUCACGGAGGGGGAAGUAAGAGAAAUGCUCAAAAUGAAGAAGAAACCUGGAGAAUUUCAGGCAAUGAAAGAGUUUCAAAUGAAUAUUAUACCUGAAGUAUAAAUAAUCAGCCUAAUAUUAAUUCAAGCAAAUGAGUUGCAGAGGAAUUUUCUACUUCGAAAUCAGAAAAUAAAGAAAAUAGCCAGAAAUUCGACACAGUCUAUGUUUUCCAAGAUGCUUCUGAAGAAAUUGAAGGUUUUCAAAAAAAUAAAAUAAUUGAAGUCGAAAAAGAUCUAAAGAGCACUCUUCCAUUUGUAAUUAUGCCGACUGUGCCUACAAGCCCAAAAAUUCAUGAGGAAAAAGUGCUGCCAGUUUCUUUUAAAAUUAAAUCUGGCAUGCUUGAUAUGCUUGAAGACAUUCAAAGCCUGGGCUUAGAAGAUAUUGAAAUUUCUCCUCCCAGACAAGUAUCUUUAAAAAAAGCAGCAUCCCAGAAAAACCUUUAUUUUGAAAAGAAAACAAUUGAGAACCGCAAAUCAUCAAUAGGCACUCUAAAUGAAGUUGCAAGCCAAUAUCCUGUGGAUUCUCCUAAAUCCUCCAUCAAUAAAUAAUUUUUUAAAAAAUUAUUUUUAAAAUUAUUUAAAUAAUAGGGUAAGAAUGGACAAUGUGGGUGGAUGAAUCGCAAGCUGAAGACCAAUAGGAAUGGUUUUUUUAGUCCUGAAAGAAUAGAAGGAAAACUGAAAGCAAGCGGCUCGCAAAAAACGAUAAGACCAGCAUUUGUAUAUAAAAAGUAA